AUGGAAACACCCGCUGAACUGUUUGCACGCAAUACGACUGUUUCGAUCAACAGUCUCAUUCAUCGUCCCAAGCAGAAACCAUUUGGAUGGCUGAGAUGGUCAGAGGAAUUUCUCAUGGAGUCUUCAUGUGAUGCUGUGCCUCGUAUAGCUGAUUCAACAAAAAGCGUUUGGAGGCGACUAAUCUGGGCUCUACUGUUCCUCGCUGCUCUUGGCAUUCUUCUUUCUCAGAUCGUCAUUUUGAUGCAGUCCUACUUUGCUUACCCUGUAGCUGUCAACGUGGAGUACAAUUUUAGCAAGUCGCUCAGCUUUCCAGCAGUGACCUUCUGCAAUCUCAAUCCUAUUCGAAAUUCAAAAAUCAAAGGAACACGAUUUGAGAAACUCAAAGACCGAGAGCCAACGAAUAGUGCUUCGAGGGUGGCAGAUUUGAGUUCAAUCGGAGUCGUGGCUGCAAAAAGUAACACAACUGGUAAUGAGAAGGAAGGCAAUUCGAGUGGAAACAUGGACUUUGAUUUGGGAGGCAUCAAUUACCAGCAAUCUUUUCUUUAUGAUAACUUUCUCAAGGCUCUCGAUAAAGCAUUCACAGCAUCGUUUGCUGACGAAAUAGUAGUUGAGCAUAAGUUUGAAGAACUACAUCCAACGUUUGAUGAGCUUCGACAGAUGGGCCAUCAAUUAGAUGAUAUGCUAUUAGAUUGUAUGUGGAAAGGUCUGCCUUGUUCAGCCAGUGAUUUUGUCACAUUUCAAAACUACAAAUAUGGAAACUGCUUCACUUUUAAUUCGGGGCGAAAUCAAGCAGGAGACAGCGUCCCACUACAAUCAACAUCCAAACCAGGGCCGGCAAAUGGAUUGUUGUUUGAUGUCACUUUACAGCAAGAGGAAUACAUCGGAUCCCUCUCAUCUAAAGCUGGAGUACGUGUUCUCAUCCACAGCCAAGAUGUAGUACCAUUUCCCGAGGAAGAGGGUAUAGAUGCAGCUCCUGGUUCUGCAACAAGCAUUGGCAUAAAAUUGGUUACUGUGAAUCGACUUCCUUAUCCUUGGGAUAACUGUACCGAUGGCUCAGGAAUGGAAUCCAUCUAUGAUGAACAGUAUGGGUAUCACAGGUAUUCGAUGCAGGCAUGCAUGAAAAGCUGCCUGGCAAAAGUUGUAGUUGAACGCUGCGCUUGCACUUCAUACCAAUUUCCACUGCCUGAACAACUGAUCUGUGCCAAAGCAGCAGCCAAUGAAACCGAAGCCAAUUGUGUUGAAGCAGUAUAUGAAGACUACGUGUUUGAUAAAAUCAAAUGCGACUGCCCGCAAUCGUGCCAUAACAAUCUGUACGACACUACUUUGUCUGCUGCAACUUGGCCAUCAUUAAAUCAUGAAGCUCUGUUUAGAGAGAAAAUGGAUAAGUUAAACAGAACCAUUUCUAAAAAGACAGGAACUGCAUUUCACAACAACUUUGCAAGAAUUCAAGUUUACUAUAAGGAAAUGAACUACCAGCACAUCUCUCAAACAAAAGGCUAUCCAACUUCACGAUUACUUGCCGACAUUGGCGGCCAAAUGGGACUUUGGUUGGGCCUAUCGGUUCUGUCUGCACUAGAGUUCAUUGAAUUUCUCAUGCUAACGGUUCACUAUAUUAGAAAUAGAAAAGGGAAAGAAAACGUCAACAGAGGAUCUGCUGUUGUCUAAGAACAACAGGGUCAUAGUUUGAAUGAGAUGAAAUUUUAGGGCACAAGAAAUGAAUUUCAAGGCAAUUGCCUUCUUUAUUGACUAAUCAUAGUUAGCACAGAACGAGCUAUACAGUUAUUUUGCAUCUCU